UAAAUAUAUGCCAUGAGUCAAUAAGAAGCGAUAUCAACAAAGUCCGAAACCCAUAACCGUGUGGGUCCGUUUAUGUGACGCAACGGUACGAACAGCGUCACCGGCCUCCUUACGUUUUGUUAUGUCGGCGCCCAUAACCAGGCGCAAUCGCUCAUUGGCGUCUUGUGAGCCUUGUCGGGAGAGAAAGACUCGAUGCGAUCAUAUAAAGCCGGUGUGUGCUGCCUGCCAGCGUCGGGGGCUCGACUCUCGAUGCUAUUACCACCCUGCACCCCUCUCCAAGAAUCCGAAACCGCGAAGGCCGAUCGUGCCCGCGCCAUCCCGACCAAGCCACGCUGCACCACCAUGGAUUAGGAACGGUUCCAAAAGCCAUCAAGGCCUUGGGUGGCCUACAGCUGGGGCUCCCAAAUUUCACACAUGGCCUUUCAUGUCGGCGGUCUGCAGCGACACGCCGCCACAGACUCCUACGCCAGAGUCCCGCAACAGCAAAGCUUACAAUUCUCACUUGGCCACCAUGAAGGAGAUUGUAUCUCAACUGAAGUAUCUCCCAGUUAUUGAGAUAUAUCUCCAACGGUACUAUUCUUUCAAGCAAAAUGUACUCGUACCGAAAGCAGUCCUUCUUCACCUUGUGAAAACGCUCCGCAACGACUUGGUGUCUUCAGGCCAUAUUCUUGGAGAAACGGAGGGGCGAGUCGAGCUUGACGAUGUGUCUGAGAUGUCAGAAGCUGUGCUGCAUUCUUCUACCACAGAAGUCGUCAUAACCCCGUCGUUAGAUCUGCAUAGUUUCUUGGCAUUGUUCUGUGGCACGAAUCUGCGAGUUGAGACUCUGGGUCUGUUUUACGCCAUGGCAGCACGUGCGUCACUCUUCUUUGUUGACCGCGAUGAGGACAAGGAUGAAGAAUUUCUGAAAGACAUGGUUUGGUAUAGCACAUUAAGCUUACGACUGGCUCGUGACCUUGCACCUCAAUCAACCGACGUCAUCAUAUGGUUAGCGAAUGAACACGUGCAGCUACUAUCAUUUCUUGAAGGAGAUGCGAGCCUGCGUGUCUGGCGCUUGGUAGGUGAUCUCACGACAGAUCUAUUGGCCCUGGGAUUGCAUCGAGAAGCAACAUAUUCUCCUGAAAGGGCGCCUUUUUUUCUUGCAGAGUGCCGUCGAAGAUUAUUCGUAACCGAAUACUAUCUGGAGAAGAUGUUUGGUUUGAUAUUCAAACUCCCCCCACGAAUUACGGCCCAAUAUGUCGACGUCAAGCUUCCUCUUGAUCUAUCAGACGACGAGCUGCUUGUUUACACCCCGGAGGAACUAGAGGAAGCCAAAAGCCGGUUAACCGAAGAUGGCUGGAAUACGGAUGGAAAGCACAGAGCAGCAACGUGGGCUCGACUACGUUACAUUCUGAGUCAGUUUCGGGAGGCAAUCGUCGAAUAUCAAUUUCAGGCAUCACAAGCGGCUGAUCCCUCCAAGCUUAGGGAUUUAUCAUUUCGGUGCCGCCAGACUUGGGACAACCUGCUUCCCCACCUAAAAUAUAACCAAGACUGCUGGAAGUCCGACAUGCCUCUUACCGUCUGCUAUAUGCAUGCUAAAGUUCACUUGGGCUAUCUCCAAAUACAUUUCCAAAUAUACCACACGAUCGGGGAAGUCAAUUCCUCCCCUCUUCCGGAGCUACUUGAAGUUUCUGCAAAUAUACUGGAGACAGUCGUGCAAAUUGGAAAUUCCCGCAGCAAAGGUGCUUUCGCCUUUAAUGAUCUACCUGAAAUCCUUCUUUCCUGUGGCCUGUCCUCGGCCGCAGUCCUUCUAACCGCACUCGAGAAUAGCACCCAAGACUACUCGAGAAGUCUUCCACCCGGUAUCAAGAUGUCCGUGCUUAUUCGGAACCUUUCCGUACUGGCUUCGCUACUUGACAGUGUGCCUAGUCCCCGAGAAAGGAAUCAAACAUUCUGCUUACAGGCUGCCAAGGCUAUUACGGAAAAGUUGGACAAGACUUUGGAAAAGCUCGCUACGUCUAAUUCUCUUGUAACCCCAGAUAUCGUGACCAGCAAUGACGUGAGCCCUAUAUCAAUUUUGACACCCAAUGCUGGCAGCUCUCUUUCCGCUGGACAUGAAGAGAUCGAUGCUAUUAACUUGGCUGAUUAUGAGAAUUUUGAUCUAAUGUCUUGGGCAAUUAAUGUUGAUUUUGGGAAUACACCCAGCAACUGGAAUAUGAUUUAGAACCAAUGCCAUUUCCCAUGGACCGAAGAUUUUUGCACAAAUCGGCUCAGAA